UACAGUUGAGGAAGUGACCAAUCAGCACGCUUCACAUGCGCAGGUGUAGCUUACCUUUCACUCCUCUCCGCUCUCCUUGUACUUUAAGGGAAAACAUCAGGAGCUCAACGAGAAUAACAGGAAUAAACACUUGAAAUGGCGUGUGGCGGAUUUGUUUGUUCGAAAUAUACUCUUUGUGCGUUGAACAUUCUUUAUAUGUUGGUGAGUUUGCUGUUAAUAGCAGGGGCAGCCUGGGGAAAAUGGGUGGAUCUGGUCUCCAGCUUUCGUGUGAUUGCUGCCAUCAUUGCAGUGGGUGUCUUUCUCUUCUUUGUAGCAAUGAUGGGUCUGUGUGGAGCUUUAAAGCAUCAUCAAGUCCUCUUGUUCUUUUACAUGUUCGUUCUGUUCCUGGUGUUUAUUGUGCAGUUUUCAGUGUCAUGUGCAAGCCUGGCUAUCAAUAAGGAACAACAGAAAUUACUCCUGGAGAUCGCCUGGAAUAAGUCUGAGGCCUUGCAAAAAGACCUGGAGAUAUCACUGGACUGUUGUGAUUUUUCCACUGUUGACUACAACAUAUCAUGUGAAGCUACAUGUCACAGUGCUAAGAACUGCGAGGCUUGUUCGGUAAAAAUUCAGACGUAUGCCGAUGAUGUACUGCACUUUGUGGGAGGAACUAGUUUGUUCUUCAGUUUCACUGAGAUUGUGGGUGUUUGGCUAACGUACAGAUUCAGGAAUCUAAAAGACCCUCGUUUAAAUCCUCGUGCGUUCCUUUAGCGUUCUUGUUUUCAGUUUAUACACCAUAGUUUAAAUAAGUACAGAGAAAAAUUUAACUGAAAAAUAUUUUCAGUCAUAUCAAAGCAUAUCAGUGAAUUUGGUUUAGAUCAUUUGGCUAUAAACAUUUACAAACCUAAUUACACAUUUGGAAAUAUGUGUUAGUACAAAUGAAAAAAAUAAUGUUGUAAACAUAGACACACUGUACAAAGCUGAUGAUCCAUUAGAUAUAAAAAGGAGGUGUUAAACUGGACUAACUUGAUAAACCAGUGACACAUCAUCCUAAUAGUAAGCAAUAAUAAAGGUGUAGUAAUAAAAGACUAAGACUUCUCUUUGUAAAGACUAAAACUCAGCAUUUUAUUUCUUUGUAAACUAAAACCAAAUGGAUUAACACAUUCUUAUGCAGAGGUUUUGCUUCUCUUUCUGUUGCAAUAAUUGAAAGAAGAAACUGCUCAUUACCUUCACUGAGCGUUUACUGGGCUGAGUUAACACAGGUAUUUGACCUCAGCCCAAAGGCGCACCAUCGGUGGCCACGUGGUUGCACUCUGAACAGGACGUGAGCAGGAACUGCUACGUCAUUUAUUUGGAUAUGGCUGAGAUAACCAGAUAAAGACAGAUGAUUGCUGAACCUGCAUGCAGUGCUCUGUAUGAAGUAAUGUUCUUUGUAGGCAGAACUGAAGAAAUGACUAAUAGGCUGUGAGGAAAAAACUCACAAUUAAUUAGGAGUUGACGCAUGUACGCUGUCACCACUGCUGUCUAGGGUGUUAUAAUGUGUAUAAUAGUCAUUUUGGGGAGACUUUGUUGUUUACCUGUGCAGUAUUGGCCAUUCUGAACAUAGAAACCCCAAAAUGUUAAACACAAUGGAAUUGAAUAAUAAAUUUGUUAUGUCCCAUUUCUGAAUUAUAAUAAUUUUUAUAAAUGACUCUGACUACGUGGUGGCUCAGUGGUCAAGGUGCUGGGUUCCUGACCAGAAGGUCAGGGUUCGAGCCUCCAAGUUGCCACUGUUGGGCCCUUGAGCAUGGCCCUUAGCUAUAACUGCUUUAGGGGAACUGUUUUCAUGUCGGACACCAACUUCUAAAGUUGGGAUAUGUAAAGAAUGAAAUUCACUGUGCUGUAAUAUAUCUGUGACAAAAUAAAGGCUUCUCAUUAUUA